CAACUCCAGAAUCCCUCCAGUAAACCCUUUGCCUUACCCGCGGUGUCCCGUCCCCUCCCUUCUCCUUUUCCUGUACCCUCCUCAUUUUUCUUCCCUUCUCCCUUCUCCCUUUAAUUCCCCCAAUCUAGGGACCCUCAGCUCUACUAGUAAUCUUACUACAGGUGCAUUAGACCAGCCUUAUGAAAGUGUGAAAUCUAACCGCUGAUGUUGCAGCCGUCGCCGCCGUUCUGCUGGGGGACCUGGCCUGGACUCCUACUUAGUGAUCUUUGGGGCUCAUUAGAGAUGAGAUUAUCCUAAUGCCCACCUCACAGCGAUUAGUUUGUCUGCCUCCGUAAUAACAGCAAUACCUCAGGCUGUGGAAAAAGUGACCCCAGUCCGGAGAACAGAAGCCACCCUCACUACAGUCACAUUACUCCACUGCAGGUAUCUCCCAUCUCUCAAGUGGGGAAGCAAAUAUGUCACAUGCUCUAUGUAAAAGAGAAAAUGAUAAGGAAGGUGACUUCACAUCAUUUACUCUAUGCAAGGAAGAAAAUGAUAAGGAGGACAAGUUUGAAGAUGCCUAUGAAAUUAUCCCUGUGGCAACAACAAUGAAUCUAGUAUCUUCCCUGGAAGAAUGCACAACUGGAUUGUAUUUAUUUCUAAAUAACAGAUUCUCAGAUGCCAUAAACUUCAUUCAUCCAUGGUCGAAAAACAGCAUGUACCAUGCUCUGAUUUAUGGCAUCCUUAUGAUUGUCAAGGCCAUCUUGACUUUUGAUCCACAGGAUGUACAGAUUGGAAUGACUGCUGUAAAGGAUGCUUUGAAAACCUGUAACAGUUUUCGAAAAAAAGCUAGGGCAACAAACUUUUCUCAUCUAGUGAAUAAACCGGGAAUAAGAGCUGUCAAAGAAGUGGAACUGCAUGCAGAAGUCUGCUAUGCUGAGUGUUUGAUCUUGAAAUCCACUGUAACAUUUAUACAGGAUGACAGUAUGUUUGGUUUUCUGAAAAGUGGGAUCAACAUUGGGUUAAGUUACCAAAUAUACAAUGACUGCCAACAAGUAUUAACACAGAUACCUAACAGCCAAAUCAAAACCUACAGACACCUGGUUGGAGGAGUAAAAUUUGGACUUGGAGUAUUCAAUUUGAUGUUAUCACUUGUGCCACCAAAGACACUUAAGUUACUCAAUAUUAUUGGAUAUUAUGGUGAUAGAGAGGUAGGCUUGACUUUGCUUUAUGAGAGUGCAUCUGAAUCCCAUAUAAAUAAUAUCUUAAGUAUUUUGACUCUACUCUUUUAUUACAACUAUAUCUACGUGGCUUUUGGUGUUGAAGUGGGUUCCAGUUCUACCACAGAGGAUCUCUUCCUAAUCUACCUCCAGAAAUUUCCAAGGUGUGUCAUACUUAAAUUUUUUCAUGCACGUCUUAGUAUGCUGAAAGGACAUUUUAAAAAUGCACAGUUAAUAUUAGAAGAGUGCAUUUUUAUUCAGAAUGAAUGGAAGCAGAUUCAUCACCUCUGUUACUGGGAACUCAUGUGGUGCCACAUUUUUCUGCAGGAGUGGAAGCCAGCUUACCAUUAUGCCAACCUUCUCUCUCACAGCAGCAGGUGGUCCCAGGCAAUCUAUUCAUACAGUAAAGCUAUGCUCCUGGCCUUGCUGCCUUCUGGUUUUGCAAAAUCAGUAAGUGAGGAUAUGAACUCUCUCUUCUUAAAAGUGGAUAGUCUGAAAAUCAAAUUUUCAGGAACUUCUGUGCCAAUAGAAAAGUUUAUUGCUGAGAAGUGUCAGCGCUAUGGUACUACUUCAGACUGGUUUACAGCACAGCCCAUUCUGGAAUUCAUUUAUGCCUGGAGUGGUUUCCGAGUCAUGAGCAAAAAACUACACCUUAUUUCAUGCUGGCUAUCAAUAAUUGACAAAGGAGAAGACUUUCUACGAAAAAAUCCAAAUAAAGAAUAUGGCACAGAUGACAUGAGUUUGCUAAAUUUAAUGAAAGGUCUAUGCCUGAAACACUUAGGCAAAUAUUCAGCAGCUGAACAGUACUUUAAUUCUGUCAUUCAAAAGGAGAAAUUGUUAAAAUAUGACCACUAUCUAGUGCCGUAUGCUUACUAUGAACUGGGCAUUCUACACUAUCUGAAAGGAGAUUAUGCCAGGGCCACAAAAAACCUAGACAACAUAAGAAACUACAAAGACUACUCCAUGGAAGCUCGAUUACAGUUUAGGGUUCACAUAGCCCUUGAACAAAUAGCUAAAGAAAAGUGA